AUGGUGGAGCGGGAGGCGUUUCGGGAGCAGGUUCGCGAAUCGAGCGACAUCGUCGACGUGAUCGGGGAGGCGGUGGCGCUUCGCCCGGCGGGACCCGGGCGCUACACCGGGCUGUGCCCGUUCCACAACGAGACGGCCCCGUCCUUCCACGUCAACGCGGAACGCGGUUUCUUCCACUGUUUCGGCUGCAAGGAGAGCGGCGACGUCUUCGGUUACCUGAUGAAGCGCGAAGGCCUCUCCUUUCCCGAGGCUCUCAACCACCUGGCGCGCCGCGCCGGGAUCCCGAUUCCCGAAGCCGACCCCAGGAAGGCGUCGCGCGACGAAAAGCUCCGGGCCGCCAACCGCAAAGCGCUCGACUACUACCAGCGCGCCCUGCGGAACGAGGCCGGCGCCCGGGCGCGCGCCUAUCUCAAGAAGCGUGACAUCACCCAAAGCACGAUCACCGAGUGCGGCCUGGGAUUCGCCCCGGACCGCUGGGACGACCUCACGACCACCCUCGAAAAGUCCGGGAUCACGCGCGCGACCCUGAUCGAAGCCGGACUCACGCGGGAGGCCCCCCGCGGCGGACACCGGGACUUCUUCCGGAACCGCCUCAUCGUUCCCAUUCUUGACGGCCAGGGGCGCGCCGCCGGCUUCGCCGGCCGGAGCCUCGACGGGUCGGAGCCGAAAUACAUCAACAGUCCCGACACCCCCGUGUAUCGGAAGCGUUCCGUCCUUUACGGCUUGCAUCGCGCGCGGAGCGCCAUCCGCCGCGAGCGCACCGCCAUCCUGUUCGAGGGGUAUUUCGAUUGCCUGUCGGCCUGGCAGGCGGGAAUUGCGGGUGCGGUGGCCGUGUGCGGCACCGCCCUCACGCCCGACCACGCGAAGCUGUUGGCGUCCCAGGCCAAGGACAUCGUGCUCGCCUUCGACGCCGACGCCGGGGGAAGACGCGCCACCUUCGCGAGCCUGCCGAUCCUGCUCGAGGCGCAACUCCGGGUGCGGGUGGCUCCCCUUUCCGGCGGGCGCGACCCUGACGAUGUCAUCCGCGAAGAAGGCGCCGCCAACUUUCGGGAGGCGAUCCGGACGGCUCCGGCGUUCGUGGAAUUCCUCGUCCAGGAGGCGCUCCAGCAAGCCCAUUCCGCCGCCGGCGGCGGCCGGGCGGCGGCGGCCCGGGCGGUCAUCGAGAUCAUCGCCCGGGCGCCAAGCCCUCUCGACCGGGAGGAAUGGCUCGGCGAAGCCGCCGGGCCGCUCGGUUUCUCGCUGGAGAGCGCCCGGGAAGAGAUGGCGCGGCUCCGGGGCCGGCCCCGGGGCGGAAGGCCGCGGGCCCAAGGUGGCGGGCCGCCCGGCAGUCCGCCCCCGCCAGCUCCGCCCCGGAGGUCACCCACCCCCGCCGAGCGUGACCUGAUCCGCUGGGCGGAUGCCAGACCCGACGAGGUCGCGGACCUGCUCCGGCAAGCGGAGCCGGGAGAACUCGAGGGCUUCGCGAGUUCGUCGAUCCUGCUCGAUCUGAAGCAGGCGGCGGACGCCGGCGGCGCCCGGGUCGCCGGCCGGCUCAAGGAACUGGCCCUCGAAGCGUCCGACCGGCAGCGCCUCCUGAUCGAGAUCCAGAUGGAGGCCGUGGGCCUCAACACCGAAAAGCAGAAUCCGAAGGACUGCCUCGACGCGCUGCGGGUUUUGAAGCUCCGGCAGCAGCAGGCAAAGCUCCGGACAGCCGCCCGCGGCAGUGGCGACGAAGCCACCGACGCCCUGUCGCAGUUACAGCGCGUCAGCGAGGAGAUCGACCGGAUUCAGGAAGCCUUGCCGCCGGACAGCCACCAGGGCUGA